CUGCACCAGUACCAGCAGGCUUUUGUCCAGCAGCAUCAGCAGCAUCAUCAUCAGCAGCAGCAUCAUCCCGCUCAGCAGCCUCUUCCCUAUCUGUCUUCCCCUCUUGAGUUCCAGAUCCCUCUGGGUUCUUAUAGUGCUGCCACGCCCACAGCUGGACCCAUCGCUGGACCAUCACCUGUGGAAACCUCCUACACUAACCCCAGAAACCCCCUGCUGGCCACAGACGGUAUCACGCCGACUUCCCAGAGCAGCAGCAGCAGCAGCAGCAGCAGCGUCAGUCACCCGCCCGACAUGUCGGGCUGGAACCCGUUCGGAGAAGACAACUUCUCCAAGCUGACCGAGGAGGAGCUGAUCGACCGAGAGUUCGACAUGCUCAGAGCAAAGAAGCCAGAAGAGCGAACGGUCGGCGUGGAAACGGACCCGGCGCCGGCUGCAGCUCUUCUGCCGGAGGAUCUGUUCGGCUCGGUCCCCUUCGUGGCCAACGCAGGAACUGGUGUGAUGCAGAGUGAGCCGCCUGUUGACGAGCUUCCUGCCAACGUCCAGGCCCCCGUCGAGAAUCCUCAGCCGGUCAAGGAGCCAAAAUCGGGAAAGAAGAGCAGCUGCAAACUCGCCGAUGAGUCCGACAGCGACUUCGAGUCCGACCCCCCUUCUCCAAAAAGCAGUGAAGAUGAAGAGCAGGAGGAAGAGGAGGCCUUGAACAGCGAGCACGGUGACGACACCGAGCCGGAGAAUCUGGGUCAGAGGCCUCUACUGAUGGACUCCGAGGAAGAGGAAGAUGAGGAUAAACAUAGCUCAGAUUCGGACUGUGAUGUCAGCAAGGUCAAAGGCCGCUCAAAGAAACCAGCCGCCGCUAAAGUAGCCAAUCCCACCGCUUCCAGGAGUCCUGGAGGGCGGUCUAAGCAGAGUCUCAUCACCCCUACAGUGUCUUCCGGCGGAGCGGAAGGUGUGGACGUGUUCGGCGCCGUUCCGUUCGUUGGCGGAGCUUCGCCCGUCGGGCCCACAGAGGGCAACGAUAUCUUCACCAAAGCGCCUUUCCGGCAGGUCAGCCAGGAGGAGCCGGCUGCUGAUGAGUUUGAUGUUUUCACCAAAGCCCCGUUCAGCCGGAACGUGUCGAAGUCCGGAAGGAGCGUCAGCCAGACGCCGCCCCUUUCCCCGGAAGGCACCGACAUCUUCGGCUUCUCUCCGUUCCAGCCGAGCCAUACCGAGCCUCCGCCUACCUCCCGGAGCGCCGAAGACAUCUUCCAGUCGCCGUUCGAGGAGCCGUUGAGUCUCCAGCAGAGGCAGAAGCAGCGCAGCCUCCAGAAGUUGUCUUCCCGACAGAGAAAAACCAAGCAGGAGACGACGGCGGGGGGCAGCAACGGCAAGCGGCACCACGGUACCCCAACCGGAGGACGCAAAACCAACAAGCCGAGCUACCGCACUCCAGAGAAAGUCCGCAGGCACAAGAAGGUGGGCCGCCGAGAUUCCCAGAGCAGCAAUGAGUUCCUGAGCACCUCUGACUCCAAGGAGAACAUCAGCGUGGACAUCAGCAUGGCCGAAGGGAAGGACACCAUGGCGCCUCUUCCGGUGGACGACGUUCUUCUAGACCCGUUCGGGGCCAAACCCUUCCACCCUCAGUACCCGGGCCUUGGCGACGGUAAACCCGACAUGAGCACCGCCAACGGGGGAAGGAUCAUAGACGAUUUCGGGGCGGUUCCCUUCACGGAACUGGUGAUCCACAGCGGGCCGCAGCAGCCGGUGGUGGCGCCUUCACAGCCGCUGGACCUGGACCCUUUUGGAGCGGCGCCGUUCCCCUCCAAGCAGUAACUCAACAUGUCUUCCGCCAGUAGCCAUUAACCCACAGCUGUUUAUUUUUUUUUGGUUUGGGAUCAUUUCUAAUCAGCCUGAAUCCUGUGGAGUGUUUCUCUUUGCGCCUGCCUUCUAUGCUGCAUCGCAACGCUUUUAGGAACUGAGAGUUUGUACUGUGAUUUAAAGUCAAUACUUGACUUUCUCGUCUGCCUUGUGAUAAGUUUUAGCACCAGAAGCCUUACCUGAGCUGGGCCCGACCCGCGCACAGUACCUCGGUAAAAAA